AUGUACGGGCAAGAAAUUGAACUAUCCUACACCGACCUCAAGUUAAUAGGCAAGGGCACAUUUGGCAUCGUCUACAAAGCCAGACUUUGUGACACCAAUGAAACUGUUGCUAUCAAAAAAGUUUUUGAUGAUAAGAAAUAUAAGAAUCGGGAACUGUGGUUCAUGAAUCAGCUUCAGCAUCCAAACAUAAUUGAUCUUUUGUACUAUUUCUACUCAGAGGACGCCGGCUGCAGAAAAGGCGAGAGGUAUUUGAACAUGGUCCUAAAUUACAUGCCCGAGACGUUGUUUACCUUAGCGAAAUGCGACGGCCUCUACACCAAACCACUUCUAGAUCCUACUUCUGUUAAGGUAUAUACGUACCAGCUGUUCAGAUGUCUAAACUACCUACACUGCCUAAAUAUAUGUCAUAGAGAUGUUAAACCGCAGAAUCUUCUCAUCGAUCCUAUAUCCCAUGCCGUUAAGCUGUGUGACUUUGGCAGUGCCAAAGAGUUACUACCGAAUGAGGCCAACAUAGCCUAUAUAUGCUCCAGGUACUACAGAGCGCCUGAACUAAUCUAUGGAGCCAAAGAUUACACUUGCCAAAUUGAUGUUUGGUCAGCUGGUUGUGUUCUGGCCGAACUUUAUCAGGGCCAUCCACUGUUCCCGGGUAUUACAGGGCCCGACCAGAUGGUUGAAAUUAUGAAAGUCCUAGGCACUCCUACGUACGAGGACUUCCUAGAUUUUACACAACAAGCGAGGGACAUGAGACUACCACCACUACUACUUCCCAUGAACUGGAAUAAGGUCUUCACAAAAUCCACGCCAUCGUCCGACGCGAUGAACUUGAUCUCAAGGACUUUGGUGUUCUCGCCACUGAAACGUCUGAAGCCCCUGGAUGUGAUGGCCCACCCCUUUUACGACGAACUUCGUCGCAAGGGAGCCAGAAUGGUGGAUGGAACCAGCUUUCCUCCACUUUUCAAUUUCACUGAAAAAGGUUUUUGA